AUGAGACUUCUUGACACCACAUCCCUUGAGUUUCAUGUUGGGGAGCACGCCACUUUCCGCCAGGAGGGCUAUGCAACUCUGUCACAUCGUUGGGUAUGGCAGGAAAUCACCCUCGACCAGUUCGGGAGUCAUGUUGAGGAACUCAGGUCCAGCGCAAGGCCCCUGAGCCCACAGCUGGAGAAGAUACGCGCCACUUGCGCAACUGCACGCAGCAAGGGCAUCAAAUGGAUUUGGAUUGAUUCUUGCUGCAUCGACAAACGGGACAUGGUCGAAUUAACCGAGUCAAUCAACUCCAUGUACAAGUGGUACCGCGACUCCGUAUUGUGCAUCGUCUAUCUCUACGAUGUUAAGAAGAGCGACGCCGUAUCUAUCACAAAUCCCCACAUCUUCAACCGCAUCGAUCGUGACGAGCCAUCUGAAUGGUUCUCUCGGGGAUGGACCCUGCAGGAGCUCUUAGCGCCUCGUGAGAUGGAGUUCUACGACAAGGAGUGGACUUACAUGGGCACUAAGAAGGACAUGAAGACUUCGCUGGGGAAAGUUACUGGCAUCAAUGAGAUCUACCUGAGUGGGCAGGUUCACUUUAGGAAAGCAUGUAUCGCCAUGAAGAUGAGUUGGAUGGCAAGGCGAAAGACCACCCGACGAGAAGACGUUGCGUAUAGCAUGGUCGGCCUCUUCGGAAUCACCAUGACGCCUGUUUAUGGUGAGGGUCAUGGCGCAUUUGCACGUUUGCAAGAAAUCCUCAUGUCCUGGAGCUCCAUGGAUGAAUCGUUGUUCGCCUGGAAAAUGCCAGCGCUCGAUUCUGGGAACCAAUACACAUAUUCAAGCGAUCCCUGGCAAUCAGGCGAAUGGGGUCUUUUGGCUCCUUCUCCUGAGUGGUUCGCAGACUGUGGGGCCAUAAUGACUUUCGAACAUAAGCCACCACGCCGAGGCUUAUUCACAAUGUCACCGAACGGUAUUGAGGCGCCUGUCGGAAGAAGUGCCCAAACCCCAGAAGUUGAGUGUUUGCAAUGCCUGGCUUGCUUUGGAUUUAUGUAUGGCGUCGUUUUUGGAAUUCUCCCCUGCAUUUACUAUCGGCGUCUUCUCAAGAAAGUAUCGAACGAGGAAUUCGCAUUCAAACUUCAAUGCUUCGAGCCAGAUGCCGCUGGAAACUGCUAUGAAUUAGAACCGGUGGAGAUAUACCUGCGACCUAUAGCGCGAGUUGAGGACUUUCCACCUUCCGAUGCACCUAUCAUUUCGCUGAAAAGAGUUCGAUGCACCGAAUUUGGCCGCGCUUCCAAGCCUAUCGGGGCAAAGACAGGUCUCGUACCGCAACCGAGCGUUACCGACCUCUAA